GACUGACUGUUGAUCUGUUACAAUAUUAUUGCACAAAAGUAGAGAUUUGUUGAAAUCUCCAGUUGUUUGAAGCAGUGAAAGGCAUAUUCGUUGCAGCAGACGAUCGAUUUCGCGCCGACAGGAAAGGAUGUCUGCAUUGUAUAUCUGUUCUGUAAUCGCCUGACUUUUGUCAUGUAUAAUGUAUGCUACUCUCCAUGUGGAAGUAUGCUUCUUUCUUCUUUUGCACCGAGCGAACUUUUCAAAUGACUGAUUGAAAAGGUGUAAUACGUCCCUCAAUUGUUCUUGCAUAUAACUGACUUUGACUUUGGACCAACUAUUGAAAGGCAUCUGUUUCAGUCACGACAAAAAUUGGUGAGCUGUAUUGCAGGAAUUAAAGACCACUAAAACAAAAAACGAUCACAAUUAGAUCUUUAAAAGCCGGAUGACAUUUAUCGAUUUGGCUCCUCUAACAACAAAAAAGGCUCAUUGAUGGAAUGUCGAGUGUGUUAUACUAGUCUGUGACUGGAAGUACUGCAGAACAAAUUGACUAAAUUUUACUUUGGUCUCUAGGAACUGAGAGAGAAGCUAAUUAGAGACAUAGCUUAAUUAAAAGAAACCCUUACAAUAAUAUUGGAGAUUGAAUGAAUAAUGACGUCAAAAGAUGGAUGAAAAUGACGUUAUCACUUUUGCGACAAUCGACACUUGAAUCAGAAUACAGGAGACAAUAUGGACUCAAAGAAAACAGCUGUUAUAAGACACAUCGGAAAAAGAGGGCGCGGGAAAGGACAGUUCAUCAGUCCUUGUGGGAUAGUUGUCACACUGACAGGCGACAUAGCCGUAGUGGACACAGAAAAUCAUCGAAUUCAAAUUUUUCAUGAGAAUGGUAGCUUUAAAUCAAAAUUCGGAUCAAAGGGCUGCAAAGUGGACCAAUUUAACUACCCAUUAUGUAUAGCAGUCACUUCACAGAAUCAUCUCGCGGUUACAGACAGCGUUAACGCAUGCGUCAAAGUGUUUUCCGAAGAUGGCCAGUUGGUACAAUUGUGCGGCGGAGAGUUCGAUUUUCCUUAUGGUAUAGCAGUGUCAUUUGAUGGAUUUUUUAUAGUUACAGAUAUUUUCAAACACUCUGUUACAAUUCUAGAUUCUGAAGGGAGCCCUCAUCAUUCUUUCGGAGAAUUUGGUUCAGGGUUAAAAGAAUUCGAUCAUCCAUAUUUCGUGGCAGUCGAUCAAAGUAAGCAAAUAAUUGUGUCUGAUUCUGGAAACAGCAGCAUUAAAUUAUUUCAUUUCGAUGGGAAAUUGUUACGAAUGUUCUCUCAGAACGAUUUCAAACUUCUUAAUGAAACUUUCUUCAAUUUACAAGGAUUGUGUUUAGAUGCGGAUGGAAAUACACUUGUUAUAUGCAACAGCACAAUAUACAUUUUGAUUAAGAAUGGCAGACUUUGGGAGAUACUGACGACGACAGAUGGUUUGUUUUGUCCUAAAUCUCUCUCAUAUUCUCCAGCAGGGUGCUUAGUUGUGACUCAGUGUGACAAACGCCACGAAGUGACAGUCUUUCGUUAUAAAAAGGAGGACUUCAAGUCGCUCAAUUCCGCGCAAUUCUAUGCAAUUUCACUAUAAUUCCGCAUUAUUGUAAUAUUUCAUAAUCUGUCUGAUACAACACGUGUACUUAGUAUAUGUUUUGGUUCAAGAUAUUAUGAGCUAUA